UCGAGCGGCUCGACCGAAAUUGCGUGCUAUCUCAUUGCGAAGAACUCAGAUGGAAUCGACAACGUGGAUGAGAGUGGAUGGACAGCCUUGCACAUAGCUGUAAGCGCAGGUCAUGAAGAUGUCGUUCGAGAGCUAGUGGGUGCUGGGGCUGAAGUAAACAGAAAGAACGACAAGGGAAUUACUCCUCUG